CGUUAGGUGUCUUUUCGACAGUAACUAUAGCAACCGGCAACUGCAUUCUAGAAGGUUCUAGAAAGAAGUAGUGAGUUAUAAGUACUUCAUACAAGAAUUUAAUUCAUUUUUAAUUCUUCGUUAACAUUAAGAUAACGGGGAAAGAAAGAUGUCAGUUAUCGGUAUAGAUUUCGGCAACGAAAAUUGUUUCAUCGCAGUAGCAAGAGCUGGCGGAAUUGAGACUAUAGCAAAUGAAUAUAGUCAAAGAGUUACACCGUCCUAUGUUGGCUUUGGCGAGAAAAAUCGUGAUUUGGGUGUUUCAGCUAAGAGCAAACAGGUGACAAAUCCCAAAAAUACAGUCUUUGGAUUCAAGAGGUUAAUUGGUAGAAAAUUCAGGGACCCAGCAGUACAGACUGAAAUAACAUAUCUACCAUAUCAAGUGAUUGAACUUCCCAAUGGCGAUAUUGGAAUUAAGGUUAAAUAUUUACAAGAGGACACAACCUUUACGGUUCAACAGAUAACUGCAAUGCUUUUCACCAAACUGAAAGAAAUAGCAGAGGCAGCAUUGAAAAUAAAAGUCAACGAUUGUGUUAUUUCUGUUCCUUCAUUUUUCACUGAUGUUGAAAGAAGAGCCUUGUUAGAUGCAUGUCAGAUUGCUGGAUUGAAUGUACUUAGGUUGAUGAAUGAAACAUCGGCUGUGGCAUUGACAUAUGGUUUUUAUAAGCAAGAUCUUCCAGAAGAUAAACCAAAAAAUAUCAUAUUUGUAGAUAUGGGUCAUUCGGCACUUCAGAUUUCUGCUUGUGCAUUCAGUAAAGGGAAAUUAAAGGUCUUAGCUUGUAUAUCGGAUACAAAUGUUGGCGGUAGAGAUUUUGACAAUGCCAUAGUGCGUUAUUUUUCCGAAGAAUUCCGGACAAAGUAUAGAUUGGAUGUUCUCUCCAACCGCAGAGCUGUUAUUCGGCUGUUGACGGAAAGUGAAAAACUGAAAAAACAGCUUAGUGCAAAUCCCAAUGAAUUGCCACUUAAUAUUGAAUGUUUCAUGGAGGAUAAAGAUGUAAUGGGUAAAAUGGGCAGAAACAAAUUGGAAGAGAUCUGUGCUGAUUUAUUAAAUAGAGUUGAAGUUGCAAUGAGAAAUAUUCUGAUGGAAACGAGAUUAGAAAAAAAUGAUAUUGAAGCUGUGGAAAUUGUUGGCGGUUCUACAAGAAUUCCUGCAAUCAAGAGAUUGGUUCAGUUGGUGUUUGGUAUCGAACCAAGAACUACAUUAAAUCAAGAUGAAGCUGUUGCUCGGGGUUGUGCAUUGCAGUGUGCCAUGCUAUCUCCCACUUUCAAAGUAAGGGAUUUUGCUAUUGCUGACGUGCAGCCUUACGCAAUAAAACUACUUUGGUCUGCUGAUAAAGGCGAAGAAGGAGAAAUGGAAGUAUUUCCUCGUUUUCAUCAAGUUCCAUUUGUAAAAUUACUAACCUUCUACCGUAAGGAACCAUUUACUCUUGAAGCACGAUAUUUGGAUAAUGCAAGCAUUCCGUUUCCCGAAAGACACAUUGGUUAUUUCACCAUAAAGAAUAUCUCUCCGACGUCUGAAGGAGAAAGCACAAAGGUCAAAGUGAAGGUUAGAGUUAAUUUGCAUGGAAUAUUUUCUGUUUUCUCUGCCUCCAUGUUAGAAAAGAUAGAGAAAAUUGAAGAAAAUGAGCAGAACGAUAAGAAUCAAUUAAAUCAGAAUUGUGUCAAACAAAAACCUGACGAAGCCAUGGAGGUCGACGAUGCCGUAAAGCAGUCUACGAACACUGCCGAUGCUUCCGAACCAGAAGUAAAUCACGUGGACCAAGUUCCAAAUCAAAAUGCCAGUCCGGAAAGUGAAAAUACAAAUCAACAACCAUGUAACGAAAAAGGUGACAAGGACGAAGAUAAAGAAAAUGCCUUACAGAAGAAAUCAAAGAAAGUGAAAUCGAUAGAUCUUCCAAUAGACGCAAAAGUACCUCAGCUUUCGACCACCGAACUAAAUUAUCUGGUAGAGAAAGAGUUAAAAAUGAUCAUGCAAGACAAAAUGGAAAAGGAGAGAGCGGAUGCUAAAAAUGCCGUGGAGGAAUACGUCUACGACGUCAGGGGUCAACUUUCCGACAGGCUUAGCAGAUUUAUUUCAGAUCAAGACAGGGAGAUAUUCAUGAACUUACUAGAGAACACCGAGAACUGGCUGUACGAAGAAGGCGAGGAACAACAGAAGAGCGUCUACGUGGAAAAAUUAUCCGAACUAAAAAAACACGGAGAUCCGGUCGUCUUUAGAUGUAGAGAAUACGAAGAAAGGCCUCUGGCCAUCGAAGAAUUCGGAAGGUCUCUACAAAGAGCCAGGAAGGUGGUGGCCAUGCACGCGGCCAAAGACGAACAGUACAGUCACAUCGAUAGCAAAGACAUGGAAAAGGUUCAAAAAGCCAUCGAGGAGAAACAGAAAUGGCUGGAUCAGCAAGUGAACUGCCUAUCGCAACUGCCGUUACAUCAGACUCCACCGGUUAUAGUUUCUCAAUUUUGGCAAGAAAAGGAGAUUUUCGAGAACACCGUCAAACCCAUCCUGAACACACCGAAACCCAAAAUGGAGCCGCCGCCGGAAAAGGAGGCGAAGGAGGGACAGAACGCGCAGCAGACGGCCGGCCAACAGAACGGAUCGGAAGCGGGUUGCCAGCGGCAGCAACCGGAGGGCCAAGACAAAAUGGAGACGGAACAGACAAUUUAAUUUAAAACCGUAGUAUGUAAAAAAUUUAAAGAAUUUACAAAAAAAAGCUGUCCAUAGCGGGGACGAAUUGUUCAAUUGGGCUUUGUAACUCGUGCGCAUUCCUUCUCGGCAGUAUUACCGUUUUUCGGCUUCGAACGUCAUGUUUUGCUAAAUAUUCACUCUUACGAAAAAAAAAAGUUCUAGAAAAUGGAAUUGUCCAGGUUUUUUUCGUGGCUCCGGUCGGGUCCAAAGAAGUUAACUGGAUUCCGGACGCACUUUUUAACUUUUGGGAAGACGACGACUCGUUUCGUACGCAUCUUAUUUAUUUGUUAACGUUUUUUCUAAUCAUUUCCGUUGUUUCCGUCGCUGUCGUAACCCGUUCGUUGGCUAACACCGAAUUUUUUUAAGUUUUCUUCGGAAGUCGACCACAAAGCGCAGUUGUAGAAAUUCGAAUAAUUCUAUAUAUAAUGUAUAAAGCCGCACCGCUCUCCGGAGGGCCGGCAGACGCCGGGAAUCCGGGGACCGGCAGAAGAGUUGGCGACGGAGACGCCGUUUCGCAUCCACCCGAAACAGAAACUGUAGAGAACAAAAACUGGGUUAUGGAAGUAGAUUCCACGAAGAUGUAACUCGUCACCAAAUAGUAGACAAAUUAAAAGAAAUUACCGUUAA